AUGGAACCUCCUCCACCUCUUCCACCCAGAUCUAGAGUGGCUGAACUGCAGGCGCCCCAGCCUAGAGGGCUUGCACAGCUGGUCCCCCCAUCUAGACCGCCAUCAGUGCGCCGAGGAAAUGCCGCCCUACCAUCAGCUCCACCGCAAGGCUUUCCAAAUGAACCAUCAAAACCUCAGCGUCGGCCUCCCCCACUCCCCCCGAUUUCAUAUGACGAAUAUCCCAGCGAAUUAGACAGAGGCUUUCUUGAGCUUGAUGAAUCUAUAGAGGGACCUUCUUCACCCGACGACGAGUUUUGUGAACCCCCCAGUACGUCCUCUCCCAUGGAAAAAUACGAACUCAAAGUCACUAACGACCCUUUCUUCAGCUCCAACCUUGUCAUCGGGUUGGACACCGAAACCUUUCCCAAGUUUCUCACCAACAAGGAUGCGGUAGCUGUCAUGUUCUACGACCCCAGUCUUCCACAGAGUCGGGAAUUGGAAAAGAUAGUUUCCCAGGCCGCCUGCAGCACCAAGCGAGCCGGCCACGCCUAUGCCGCUGUCGACUGCAACGCCAGCAGGGAACUCUGCAUGCAACACAACGCUUACAACCUGCCUAUGGUCAGAGUCUAUGCCAAGAACUUCUGUCUGGGAGAGGUGAAGAAAUCAGUUCACCCUGACACCUUGCGGCAGCGCGUGGAAACAGCCCCACCUGCAGACGCGUUUCGCAUGGUACAGUGCAGUCCUUGUUUCAAAGGCAAAUAA